CUCUGGGAUACUUGUACUUCCGGUGACCUUCCAAAUUUGAUAUUUCAGACGAAUUUUUGUCUCGAUAUUAAUCGUAAUUUCCACUAUGUUCUCAAGGUUAGCACGCCCCUCUAACAUAAAAUCAACACUUGUUGUUUUGAGGAAAUUUUCUGCAUCAGCACAGAACCAAUACAAAGUGUCUGUUCUUGGAGCAAGUGGUGGAAUUGGUCAACCAUUGUCACUUCUAUUGAAAGAAAAUCCUCUCAUUUCACAGCUAGCACUUUAUGAUAUUGUACAUACACCAGGUGUAGCAGCUGACCUUAGCCACAUUGAAACCAAAGCACAGGUAAAGGGCUAUGUUGGGAGUGACCAGCUAUUGGACUGUGUCAAAGACUCAGAUGUAGUUGUGAUUCCUGCAGGAGUCCCAAGGAAGCCUGGAAUGACGAGGGAUGAUCUGUUCAACACAAACGCCAGUAUUGUUAGAGACCUCACUGAUGCAUGUGCACAGGCCUGCCCUCAAGCUAUGAUCUGCAUCAUUUCUAACCCUGUCAAUUCCACAGUUCCCAUUGCUAGUGAAGUUUUCAAGAGUCAUGGUGUGUAUGACCCUAACAGAAUAUUUGGUGUCACUACAUUGGAUGUUGUAAGAGCAAAUACUUUUGUAGGAGAAGCCAGGGGAAUUGACCCGGCAGGUGUAAAUGUUCCUGUGAUUGGAGGUCAUUCUGGUGUGACGAUUAUCCCUCUACUUUCACAGUGUACCCCACCAGUGUCCUUCCCUGCAGAGGACCGCAAGAAGAUGACAGUACGUAUACAGAAUGCUGGAACUGAAGUAGUAGAGGCAAAGGCCGGGGCUGGUUCUGCUACAUUAUCAAUGGCAUAUGCUGGGGCCCGUUUCACAAAAUCAAUGUUGGAAGCUCUCGCAGGAAAGGAAGGAGUCAUUGAAUGUGCUUACGUUCGAUCAAAUGAAACUGAUGCAAAAUAUUUUGCUACCCCCAUUCAACUAGGUGUAAGUACCCAAUACUGUUAUAUGUUGUACCUGUUGCCAAGGUUGCUUUAACACAUCACAUAACCACAAAGCAAAAAAUCUCAUUAAGUGUUCUCCCCAAAAUUGUUCUCAAGGUGACGCAAAAUUCUCAUUGCCAUAGUUACAAGUAUCAAAUUUCAUUUAAAUAUGAUAAAAUCUUUUCUCUUGAGAAGCUUUCGUGCAAAACUUUUCGAACGACCCUAAUACAUUAAUUUCAAAUGGGGGCAUUUAGUGGAGAGUAGAGAGAGUUGAUGAGAUUUUAUUGCAAUGCUCUGAACCUUAAAUGAUUCAUGUUCAGAGCAUAGUGUGUAAUGUGAAUUGUUGUCACAGCAACUGAAGGUACAGGACCAUUUUGCCAUAGUGAUUCAGUGUUGUUGUUUCAUAUUAAAUUUAGGGCUCCGCAACAUUAUCAAUGGCGUAUGCAGGCGCACGAUUUACAAAAUCAGUAUUAGAAGCAUUACAUGGGCGGGAUGAUAUAGUAGAAUGUGCCUUUGUAAAAUCAGAUGAAACUGAGGCUAAGUAUUUUGCAACCCCCAUUAUUUUAGGGAAAAAUGGAAUUGAAAAGAACUUGGGUAUUGGUAAAUUAAUAGAGUAUGAGGUAGGAGUCCUUAAGGCAGCCAUGGAAGAGCUCCAAGCAAAUAUCAAAAAAGGAGAGGACUUUGUGGCAAAGUAAAAAAAUAAAUGACUAUGAGCAUUAGAAUAACUGAAAUGGUAUAUUUAUGCAUGAGUAUGCUAACAUAGUGAUUAGACAGUCUGGGAAUGGUCAUCUUUAGUUGAGUUUAAUGUCUGUCCAUACACACGAAAUAGUAAGUGCUACACCAGGAUAUUAGAAGUUCAUACGUCAAAUAAAAACUGUAAAGCUGACCAUUUCUGCAUGCUUGAAACAUUCUUAGUUUGCCUCAGAGACAAUGGACAGUGAAUAUAUUCAGAGGAGGCUCAAUUAAGCUAGCUGUUUGUAUGGCUGCUAGCUGCUAUAAUGGUGUCAGCUAAUGUAUGUUAUUACAUUAAAAAAAACGUGUAUUACAAAAUUUUCAAACCCUUAGAUACAUUACUGUUAUUAUUGUGAAGAUUGCCACAUAAGAAUUACUUUCACUUUCACUCUUCAAUUGCAUAAUGUUGUCAUACUAUUGAGGAGGGUUUUAAGCGAAUGCAAGAAUAUAAAAGAAAAUACAUCUGCCAAUUUGAGUUAUUUGCCAAAAUGUCUGAUU